AUGCUGUCAACCCACCAUUCAUACUCGCCCGAGUUUGGCAACGGCACCUUCAUCGCCCACGGCUACAUGCCAUCGCAGCACAUGUCGCACUCUGGCCUGGACACGCUGGCGGAGGGUUCACAGUAUGCGCUGCAGCAAUUACAACAGCAGCAACAACAGCAGCAAGCGCAACAGCAGGGCGUGCAGUCGCUAAACAGCUCGAAGCCGCCAAUGAGACACCGGGAAAGCUUUGAUGGCGUGAGUGUUUCCGGCAUGGCGGACGCCCGCAGAGAAUCCGUGAGCAUCAGUAAAGCUGGCAGGGCGGGAAGUGGGAGUAGCCAGACGGUGCGGAGGAGGAUCAGUCGUGCGUGUGACCAGUGCAACCAGCUGCGCACCAAAUGCGACGGCAAACACCCAUGCGCUCACUGCGUGGAGUUUGGCUUGACGUGUGAGUACGCGAGGGAGCGGAAGAAGCGCGGCAAGGCUUCACGAAAGGAUAUCGCUGCGCAGCAAGCGGCGGCCGCUGCUCACGGCGACGACAAGGACGGCAGUCCGACUUCGCCGGUGGACGACAACUCGGACGACGGCACGGUACAGCUCGAGGAACAGCAGCGGGGUAUCAAGCGACGACGGUCGAGCAGCGAGUUCAAGCAGCCUCGAUUCCCACCGCCACCGCGCACGAAUAGCAUGACCAGCGUGCAUCAGAUUCCUAAUGGACACGUCCCGCCUAUGACGAGUAUCGAGCAGCCACAGCAAUUAAAUCACCAUCAGCACGAUCCACACAGCGGUGAGAUGCAGCACGCCAGGAUGCCGCCGAUGCAGCAGCAACCUCCUGGAGACAUGUCUACGCCACGGCUGCCUAGUGUGGGCAUGACUGAUCGGAGCGGCAUGCCCGUCGGUAUGGAUCAGUAUAACAGCUCCAUUGACGACUACCAUCGGAGCAUUCUCCAUCCUGCGGCACCGGUCGCGGGCAACAACAUCCUCCACAAUGGUGUCACCGGCAUGCCGAACCAGAUGAUCCAAGGCGGCACCAUCACCGGCUACGGCCAGAGUCCGUAUGCUGUUCCAUCGCCUGGCAGUCAACCUGGUGUGCCUGGCCAACCAUUCCAGAUGGGAGAGUCACCGAUUUCUGCUGGUGGUUUCCUAGGCCAGUCUCCAGUUGCUGGAUCACCUGGAUGGCUAUCCCUGCCGUCGCCAUCUGCGGCAUUAUACCCCGGCCUGCAGCAAGUACCUUCAAAUCAGGUGCUACGGUAUCCUGUACUACGACCAUUACUACCUCACAUUUCUGCGAUUAUACCCAUCGGCCUGGCCUGCGAUCUUCUCGAACUGUACUUCUCCAGCACCUCCUCAGCGUUCAUGCAACCUCAAUCGCCUUAUAUCCUUGGCUACAUUUUCCGCAAGCGUUCUUUCCUUCGACCGAACAAUCCACGAAUCUGCAGUCCUGCGCUUCUCGCCAGUAUGCUGUGGGUUGCGGCCCAGACAAGCGAGUCUCCGUUCUUGACCUCACCACCCUCUGCGAGAGGCAAGAUCUGUCAGAAACUGCUCGAACUCACAGUGGGACUACUGAAGCCGCUGAUUCACACGCCCGCCGACGGCACGCCAGGCGCAAGCGGCAACACUGUGAUGAACGGGAUUGCUCUGGGCGGUUUUGGUGUUGCUCUGCCAGGACAAGCGCUCGAGAUGGAAGGCGGGUCGCCGGGCGCAUCUGGUCAGCUGGACGACGUUGCCACAUACAUACAUCUGGCGACUGUGGUGUCUGCAAGCGAGUACAAGGCAGCGAGUCUAAGAUGGUGGAACUCUGCCUGGUCGCUAGCCCGUGAGCUGAAGCUAGGACGAGAACUGCCGACCAAUCUGGGUCAAGACGAGAAUAACGACCUUGGAGAUGGGCAGAUGGAUGCCAACGGAGAAUCGAUGGGAGCACCGCCUCAGCCUGGAGGCCCACCGAACGGCAACCAGCCUGGCAUGGCGAGUGAAGAGGAACGGGAAGAGCGCAGAAGGAUCUGGUGGUUGCUGUACAUUGUCGACCGACAUCUGGCCCUUUGCUACAACCGGCCGCUCUACCUUCUGGACAUUGAGUGCGAUGGUCUACUCCAACCCGAGAACGACAUGGUCUGGCAGUCAGGCGACUACUACCCUGACCCGAACCGACCGGAAGCGAGCUACUACCGCAGAGCUGGGCCUACCUUCGAGUGCACCGGCCACGGCAUCUUUGGCUACUUCUUACCACUCAUGACCAUGCUCGGCGAGAUCGUAGAUCUCAACCACGCUCGCAACCACCCCAGAUUCGGCAUGAGAGUCCGCAACAACGGCAACGAAUGGGACGCGCACGCCCACGAAAUCACAGCCCAACUCGACGCCUACGGCCAGAGCCUGAAAGAGUUCGAAGCGCAAAACAUCCCCGGCCCCGGCCACGAACAAAAGCAAGCAACCGACGGCGCGCCCAACGGCGAAGGCAUGCACCACGAAGAGCCUAGCCCGUCCAACAACUCCGUCGGCACCAGCACCUCCCACCGCAUGACGGAAGCGACGCUCCAGACCCGCAUCGUCGUCGCCUACGCCACGCACCUCAUGCAUACGCUCCACAUCCUGCUGAACGGGAAGUGGGAUCCCAUCUCCCUGCUCGACGACAACGACCUCUGGAUCUCGUCGCAGUCGUUCAUCUCGGCCACCGGGCACGCAGUGUCGGCUGCGGAGGCUAUAAACGAGAUCCUGGACUACGAUCCGGAUUUGAGCUUUAUGCCGUUCUUCUUCGGCAUUUACUUGCUGCAGGGAUCUUUCCUCCUGCUUCUGAUCGCGGACAAGCUGCAAGGCGAGGCGAGUCCGAGUGUCGUGAAAGCGUGCGAGAGUAUCGUCCGAGCGCAUGAGGCCUGUGUCGUCACGCUCAAUACCGAGUAUCAGAGGAAUUUCCGCAAAGUGAUGCGCUCGGCCCUCUCGCAGGUGCGCGGCCGGAUGGUCGAGGAUUUCGGCGAGCAGCAGUUGCGCAGGCGCGAGGUGCUGGCUCUAUAUCGAUGGACGGGUGAUGGGACGGGGUUGGCUUUGUAA